AUGUCGUCAUCUCCUCCGGCGAACUCUAACCCCGCCGACAAUACCAGCAGCGGCGGCACCACCAGCCCCACCGCCGUGGCUGAUCUCAAAGGAGAAAAGAAAAAGAAGACGUCUUUCAUUCCUCGGAUCUUCAGUUCCAAAAGAAACAGCACUGAGAUCUCAGAUGACAUUCUUCAACCUGAUGCUGAUGCAGAUAAUCUAAAACAUCAAAAUGAUUUGGAUUCGAGUAAUGCAUCAACAACAAGCCUUAAGGAACCAUCACCAGCCUUCAUUAAAAGAGGGUUCUCAGAAAGGCUAUGCAGCCAUGGGAUUGAAAGCUUAAACAUCUCCAGUUCUGAUGCUUCAAUGGCACCCGACAACAUUACUAAAGAAAUUAGGGUUUUUGUGGGAACGUGGAAUUUAGGAGGGAACAGUCCAAGCAAUGGACUUAACAUUGAGGAUUUCUUACAGGUGGAGAGCUCUGCAGACAUCUACGUGCUCGGGUUUCAGGAGAUGGUGCCGCUGAAUGCUGGAAAUGUAUUAGUGAUGGAAGACAACGAGCCGGCAUCCAAAUGGAUGGCCCUUAUACACCACACCCUCAACAAACCCUACAACGAGGGCGAGGGCAAAGAGGCCUCAUCAACCAUCCUCAACAACCCGUCAUCUCUAAAAGCAUUGGGAAAGACUUUGAGGGGCGAGAACCAUCUUUUAAAAGCAUGUAAUUGUAGUAGCAAUGGAAAAAUUCAUUAUUGGCAUGGGGCAACAGAUCAUGAAGUGUUGUCUUUGGCACAAAGGCUCAACUAUCAGGUGGUUGCUAGCAAGCAAAUGGUGGGGCUAUUUUUGUGUAUAUGGGCUCGGCGAGAGCUUAUCACGGGCAUUGGGCAUCUUAGGAUUUCUUGUAUCGGAAGAGGAAUCUUGGGGUACCUCGGCAACAAGGGAUGUAUUGCAAUAAGCAUGACAGUGCAAAAAACGAGCUUCUGCUUCGUGUGUAGCCACUUGGCCUCCGGUGAGAAAGAAGGCGACGAGCUGCGUAGGAAUUGCGACGUGGCAGAAAUUUUGAAAGGCACUCAUUUUCCCAAGAUUUGCGAGAAUGAUAAUGGAAUCCCCGAAAAAAUCCUGGAUCAUGAACGUAUUGUUUGGCUGGGAGACUUGAAUUAUAGAGUGGCGAUGAGUUAUGAAGAGACAAAGGUUUUGUUAGAGGACAAUAAUUGGGACUCAUUGCUCGCAAAAGAUCAGCUGAUAAGGGAGAGAGAGGCAGGGAGAGUGUUCCAAGGAUGGAAAGAAGGGAAGAUAACGUUCGCACCAACCUACAAAUACACACACAAUUCCGAUUCCUAUGCAGGCGCCAAUUGCAACAAGAGGAAACGUAGGACCCCAGCCUGGUGCGACAGAAUACUAUGGCGAGGCGACGGAAUCCAACAGCUAUGCUACAUUCGCCGGGAAUCCCGAUUCUCCGACCACCGCCCUGUCUGCGCUCUCUUCUCCCUCCAAAUUCAAAUCCAAAUCCAAAAUGAUUUUCCCGCCAAACCUGCCGCCGCCACCGGACUCCGACUUCGAAAGGGUUAUUCCUGCGCAGCCACCCAUCGGGAUUUCCAAAUCAAUCCUAUUCCCCGCCCGCCGCCAUAAACACUACUACUAGUAUUAGUAAUUACAAUGCUGGCCUCUGUUGUAUAUCUCCAUUCUUUCAUUUAACUUAUAUUAAUUAAUUCAAAUCACUACACGACACACAAUCCAUACA